GCCACUUCUCUCGCCCCAACAGUCUCUCCUCUCGCCUCCGCUUGCCCCCUCCUCCAAGCCCCAACCCCACGAGCGAGCUCGCGGUCGCGGCCACCGCCUCCUCCUCCUCCUCCUCCUCCUCCUCCUGCUCCUGCCGCAGGCAGUCGAAGCAGGUAGCGAUCGACACAUGGCGCCGUCCAGGCACGCGGACGAGGGCGGGCAGCUCCAGCUCAUGGACGCCGACAGGGUCGACGACGAGGAGGAGUGCUUCGAGUCCAUCGACAAGCUGAUUUCUCAGGGGAUAAAUGCAGGAGACGUGAAGAAGCUGCAGGAUGCAGGGAUUUACACUUGCAAUGGCCUAAUGAUGCAUACUAAGAAGAACCUUACAGGAAUCAAAGGUUUAUCUGAAGCAAAAGUUGAUAAGAUCUGCGAGGCAGCUGAAAAACUUCUGAACCAGGGCUUCAUGACAGGAACUGAUCUCCUUCUUAAGCGGAAGUCUGUUGUUCGGAUUACAACUGGGAGCCAGGCACUUGACGAGCUGCUUGGCGGAGGGAUUGAAACACUUUGCAUCACAGAGGCAUUCGGGGAGUUCCGGUCAGGGAAGACCCAGUUGGCUCAUACUCUAUGUGUCUCCACUCAGCUUCCAAUCCACAUGCAUGGGGGGAAUGGGAAGGUUGCCUACAUUGACACUGAGGGAACAUUCCGACCUGAACGCAUUGUGCCAAUUGCUGAGAGAUUUGGGAUGGAUGCCAAUGCUGUUCUCGACAAUAUCAUAUAUGCUCGUGCAUACACCUAUGAGCACCAGUACAACUUGCUCCUGGGCCUUGCUGCCAAGAUGGCUGAAGAACCUUUCAGACUUCUGAUUGUGGAUUCUGUGAUUGCACUAUUUCGUGUUGAUUUCAGUGGCAGGGGUGAACUUGCAGAGCGUCAGCAAAAGCUAGCACAGAUGCUGUCCCGACUUACCAAGAUUGCUGAGGAGUUCAAUGUUGCAGUGUACAUCACCAACCAAGUGAUUGCCGAUCCAGGUGGUGGUAUGUUCAUAACUGAUCCAAAGAAACCAGCAGGCGGCCAUGUGUUGGCGCAUGCUGCCACCAUCAGAUUGAUGCUGAGGAAAGGCAAAGGCGAACAACGUGUCUGCAAGAUCUUCGAUGCCCCAAACCUUCCUGAAGGAGAAGCUGUUUUCCAGGUUACGUCAGGUGGAAUCAUGGACGCAAAAGACUGAUUCGGUUUCCAGCCAGAGUGCUUCUGUCCAAAGAUUGUUCAUGUUUCUUCAGUAAAGUUCAUAGCAUACAUGGGUAUACAUACCUCGAGGAAAGUUACAGCAGUGUUACUGUUUUAUCUUUGACAUCGAAAAAGUAGGCAAAACUCUAUGUUGCUUAGGCCUCUUUUUGCCACGGAAUUUGAGAUGGAACCAGUUGUACAUGUUUUCUUGGCUUCCCAAAAAACUUCUAAUCAGACCAGAGACCAUCUACUGUUAGUUGUUCAUGCAUGCCAAUCUACAUGCUUAUGCUUGCCUGAAUGGCACUGCGCUUCUUUCUUGUUAGUGGUUCAUGCAUGGCCAUCUACAUGCUUAA